GUGUCCCUCCUGGAAGCGGGGGGGGGGAUCGGAAGUCACCAGUCACGUGGGUGGCUUUGUUUCUCCCCGUUGGCUUGGCAGGGUUUGGGCGAUGGAGCUUGUGAUUGCUGGAUUGUGAGGCUUCCCACGAAGUAUAGGCUACACGUCAAACAAGCUUAGGAUAUUUGAGGGAGAGUUGGGAAAUAUCACCAGAAUAAAGAAGAAGAGGAGGAAAAGAUCUUAUUCCUAGACAGAAAACAGCCAAUUUGUAUGUCACAUCUAGGGUUACUGUCGGUUGUCCUGGAGUCCCUUCUCAGGUCAUCUCAUCGUAGGAUUCUAAAGUCCCUGUGACUUUCAACUUUGUUACUGGUGCUAUAGAAUGUGAUCUGGCUCCUUCCUGCCCCGACUGGAGAGCUGUUUCUGUGCGCUACCGAAUGUCAGCGGAAUACCUUUCAAGAGUUGUUUUUUGCUAGUGUGCCAAAAAAACUGAUACACUCCUGAACCACUGUUCAGAGAAGCAGGUGAUUUUUGCUAACCAUGUCACUGGGUGAAUGGGUGUCACAGCUCUCUGACCCUCUGGGCCUUUGUUACUAGUCCCGCUGGGGAUUGCUGAUCUGCAACGUUAAUGUUGAGUGUGCUGUGUUUCAAGGUGUUAAGGAAAAUGCAGAGACGGCACAGCAGCAACACUGAUAGCCUUCCUCCGGAAAGAAGCCGGAGUCAGACGGUCAGUUCUGAGACCAGCGUGGAGGAAGGUGGAGUUUUCGAAGGUUUGAAGUCCGAAACUCCCUCACCCCAGCAGCUCUUCUCGGGGCUGGCAGGCAUCCCAUCUGGUACCAUCCCAACUACCCCGUUCCAGUCAGGUUUGGUCCUGGGUUCCUCAGCAGGAGGUGGGGAUGUGUUCAUUCAGAUGCCAGCCCCAAGGGAAGAAGGGGCCAGCCGAACAGAAGGAGCUCCAUUCCACCACCGACAGCAGCCCCAUCACUAUCACCAUGGCCACCAUCGGGGAUCCUCUCUGCUGCACAUGGCUAGUGGAGACCGACACGGACACGCAGAAGACAAUCCUGAGGACCAGCCUGGGACUCCUGCCCCUGCCCUCUCGGAGCUGAAGGCUGUGAUCUGCUGGCUCCAGAAGGGGCUUCCCUUCAUCCUGAUACUCCUGGCUAAAGUUUGUUUCCAGCAUAAGCUUGGGAUUGCUGUGUGCAUUGGUAUGGCCAGCACAUUUGCAUAUGCUAACUCAACUCUCCGAGAACAGGUCUCUUUGAAGGAGAAGAGGUCGGUGCUGAUUGUCUUCUGGAUCCUGGCCUUCCUCCUGGGGAAUACCUUAUACUUGCUUUACACUUUCAGCUCCCAGCAGCUAUACAACAGCCUGAUAUUUCUGAAACCCAACCUGGAGAGCCUGGAUUUCUUUGACCUGAUGUGGACUGUGGGGAUCACGGACUUUGUGCUGAAGUAUCUCACCAUCUCUUUGAAAUGCCUGGUCGUUGCCCUGCCUAAAAUCAUUCUGGCCGUCAAGUCAAAGGGAAAGUUUUAUCUGGUUAUUGAAGAGCUGAGCCAGCUGUUCCGCUCGCUUGUCCCCAUCCAGUUGUGGUGCAAAUACAUCAUGGGGGAUGAUCCAUCCAGCAGCUAUUUCCUAGGAGGGAUCCUGAUCAUACUGUAUAGUCUCUGCAAGACUUUUGACAUCUGUGGCCGUGUGGGGAGUGUCCGGAAGGCACUGAAGGUCCUUUGCACCCCUCAGACCUAUGGAGUCCGUGCAACCAGCCAGCAGUGCAGUGAGGCUGGAGACAUCUGUGCUAUUUGCCAAGUGGAGUUCAGGGAACCUUUGAUCCUUAUGUGCCAGCAUGUGUUUUGUGAAGAGUGCCUCUGCCUGUGGUUUGACAGGGAGAAGACCUGUCCCCUUUGUCGCUCCAUCGCGGUGGAGACUCUGCGCUGUUGGAAAGAUGGUACCACCUCAGCUCACUUCCAGGUUUAUUAACCACAACACAUACCACCAUCAGGAUGACAUGUGAGCAGACAGAAGAAAAAGCUGGGAAACUCCUUGCUUCCAAGUAUUUAGUGGGUUGUUGUCCCGGUCUUUCACGCAGCUCUCUCUCUCCAUCCAACCAGGGGAGCAGGUUGGCAUGUUGUUACGUCUGUAGCAGGGAGCAGAGUCCGUUAGCAUGAAGAGUUCUCUAAGGAGAGGGAAGGGGAGUGGGUUUUCAACUCUUCAGAGUCAGAAUCCAUCCCUGCCACUCUUCACUGCUAACUUGAGGCCGAGGUCCUUGCUGUCUACAGCACAAAUUACCCCAGGCUAGCCCCUCUUUGUCUGUUAUCUGAGUGUACAUAAAUGUCUUGUUUGUAGGGAAAACAUGAUGAGAGUUUCCCAUUGUAUGUGUGUAGUCCAUAAUAUUGGAGGAAAGCUUUCCUCAACUGACUCAUGAGAGGACAGCAGACUGGAGUUAUGUCAUUAAACAGCCUCCUGACUCCCCAGAAUCUGUCGUCAUAAAGUUACAUGGCCACUAUUAUAUUACCUGGGGAAACACUCCUUCAGUACCACUGGUUCAGAGGUUCAUUUAGGGUUUUGGGAGAGGCCGGUGGCCGAUAGCCCUAUUGUUGUCAUUGAUACCCUAAAACAUGUGGGUUGCCAUCUUGAUCUUUCUGAAACCUCAAGAGAAAUAGGAGAGGGCCAUACUAAAGAGACCACGAGGGGGUGGCAUUUUCUCAGUUUUGGAAUGUUCCAUCUUUAAUGUUCGUGGUCAGAUUACCUGCUUCCUCUGCAAGUGGGAGAGCAUGGCGAGAUGGGGAGAGAUUAAAGCCAGGUCUGAAUUUUACUACAAAAGCUCAAGUGCUAAUUGAAGGCCAUGUCCGGAGGUGGCUUUCUCAAACACAGCCCACAAACUCUAUAGAGUUAAUUAAAAAAAAAAAAAAAAGCACCUCGUGCUGUUUCCUGGGGAUUGGCUUUAUUUAAAAAACAAAAUGGCAAUCCAAUAACAUAUAGUUUAGCUCAGAACUUUCUUCCUAGGCUUGGCUGUUACGAAGGCUCCUCUUUCGGGGCUGCUCAACCCACACUUGAUCCUCUCUCUGUAGGGAGUCAGCAGAAUCCACCUCAUUGUUUCCUAGCAGGAUUGAUGCCUGCUAACAGGGUGGAGCGUUGCAUGCAAAUGCUACCAGUCUGUACAGGCAUAAAGAAUUUGGAGUCUUUCGAGCUUCAUUUGAGAUGUCCAAAGACAGUCCUGUAGCUCAUCUUAAGAUUUCUCCUAGAUCUAGGGUAUAUAUCUGGAUGUGGCCAGCCUGCAUGCAAACAGACAAUAUUUCUAAAUUCCCUAUCACAGUGACAACUCCUCUAAUAAAAGCAAUUAGUGGCCCCCUCCUUCUAUGAGGGCUGUGUGAAAUAGAUGCAGGGUGCAUUUUACUUGAGAGUUUGUUCAUUAUGAGGACCCUGCAGUCAGGUUCCACUAUCCAGGGUAGACUGGGACAAACUUUCUCUAUUGAUAAACCACAUCUCACCUAAACAAGCAAAUGCCUCAGCUUCAGAAAAAGCUUUUUAAGGACAGUGGCUUGUACCCUUAAUAGGCAAAUGAACAGACUAUGUGCUGGAGUAGCAUGAGUCUGUAUUCUGCUGUCACAGUGUCUGUCGAGAAUCUUACGCUGGCACUAGGAUGCAAAUGGAUUUGAUGUUUGUUCACUGUGUCUCAAGCUGGAGCUUUCUCUUUCACUAGACAAUUUACUUUUUGCUGAACGCACAGAGAAAUGGCUUGAUUAAGCAAUCAUGGCAUCUUCCAUGCUCAUUACUGUGGAAAUGGCCGUAAGGUUACAAUCCCACUUGACUGGAUAAUCAAGCAGGAAGAACUGUAUCUCAGGGAAACAGGGCUGCACGUAUGUAUUGGUUGCUUUCCUCCCCUCCUACUGUAAAGCCUCCUUGGGGGAAAAAUUAAAGCAAACAGGAGCUAAUGGCAACUGGGUUUUGUCUUAACUUUCCUUGGAAAAAAAUAGGACAAAGGAGAAAUGAUGCAGGCAGAAUCUGAAUCAAACCUGAAUUAAGAGAGAGCUGGGAUGAAGGGAGAGGAGUAUAGGCUUUGCCCCACAAAAUGCGGUGAGGUGCCUUUGUUAAAAGCCUCUUUAGAAAAGCAUGGACUAAGCCAAACAGUCCUCUAGUUGUCUCCAAAGGAAAGGUCCCUUAGAUUCUGUAAGAAACAGGAGAGAUUUCCAACUGGCAUAAAAUUUUGACAUGUGUAUCAUAGCCUGGGUGAACUUUUAUCUGGGUCGAAUGGCAAAUGGCUGACUCUGCAAGGAAACACAGGUGAAUGUAGUAUGAAUGGGUUCGGCUUCAGUUCUCUUUGUGUAAUACCAUUGAGUGAAACUUAUAGGUUAAUAUGUAGUUUCUGCUUUCUAGAGUCUCAAGGCUGUUCUGAAAACCUGGUUCCAGUUAGGAGUGACUCUUUGCUUGCCUUUAGGAACUACUGCAAAAAUCUGUGUUGUGGGGAACGAUAGUGAAGUGCAUCAAAAUGUUAAUAGGAGAAAGAUUAAAACUACUGAUGGCAUUUGACAUUCUGAUUGUAAAUAAGAUUUUUUUUGUUUAGUGUUUCCUCCCCUGCCAUCAAUAGGUGCAAGAUAUAUCUGUUAUUGGUCUUUUCUCUUCUCUUCCCUUUUUUCCCCCCUGACUAUUGUCUUCCAGCUGCGAACAUGAGAGUGAAUUAGCAUCUUAAUAGUAACUUGAUAGGAUUAAAACAUUCCACUACUGCCAAAACACUCCAGAAAAGCCUAACACAAGGCUUGAUACUACUGCUCACUGGGGGGAAUCUCUCCGUUUGGUUGAGGCUUUCAGUAGAAUUAUACACCUGCCAUAACACUCUAAUUUGCUGGGAGAUGUGAGCGCCUUUUCUCCAUCUCUGUGCCUCCUCAAAGUGCCCUAUUGACUCGUUUCUCCCCUCUGUUCCAGGCCUGUAUUCUAGCUUCAGAGACAUGUGCAUGGUUCUCCUAUGUUCUAUUUCAGUACAUUAGGCCAUGAUAUGUGAUCAGACCGCCCUGAGGGAGCGAGCCAUGCUAAGCUUCCAGUGUCUCUAUAAUUACAGAAGCACAUGAGGGUUUUGGUCUGACGCUCCUGGAGCCUGAAAUGGAGACUCCCUUUCGCUACAGAGCAGGUGCAGAGCUAGCCGUAGCAGAGUAACUCUCUUCAUGCUGAUUGCUGCCAAUGGACUUCAGUCCUGAUGUGGAAGAGCCAUGUCUGGAGGUGAGAGACUAGCUCAGUCUCCUUGGACCUUCCUCCUCCCUCCUGAGAUUGUUUAGUGCCACGUAUAGUGGUGUUUUUGUACUGUGGGCACUUGUUGCACAUGAAGGGCAGAGGUCAACUCAGUUCACAUAUUCCACCAAACAGCUGUGGGUCAAAUACUUUUUUUUUUUUUUUGGUCAUUAUCAACGUGUGCUGGGCAGCACAGAGGUAAUGGGCUCUAUAGUCUAUUAGCAAUUCCUUGAGCUGCCCUGUCUCAUAUUAGUUGUGGUGAUUCUUAUUCAUGGGGCAAAAGAGUCUUCGCCUCUUCUCAGACAUGGCAUUUAGCCUUCCAGAAGGUAACACAGGGCCGACGCCUACUCUAGUGAACGUCAAUGGCAAAACUUUGAUCGAUUUCAGUAGGAGCAGGAGCAAGGUUGGGGAAAGAAUUCAUAGUAAAUGAUCUUCUCUAUUUUGGAGAGAAAAUAAAAAGUAAGACCUUUUCUUCCCAGUGAACAAUUGAUUUUUUUAAUAAAGUCAUUACAAAUAUGUACAAAGAGUCUCCAGCAUAUGAAAUUCCUUUUACAAAAGAGGGAAAGAAGCCAUGUCCAUCUAUACACAAGAGCCAGAACUAACUCAUUGCAUCUGCAGUAAGCACAUGCCUUGCCUUAGCUUUGGUGUGGGAAGGAACUUGCACGGUUACUCUGUAGGGUCUUUCCUGUACCCAGUCGAUUUGAUGCAUUUCACGUUUUUUAAUCUGUUCGCGGAGUGUGACUGGGAGCAAACUGGAAAACUCUCAAAUGUAUUCACUCUUUGAAAUUCCGGGUGAAUUUCUUCAGCAAAUAAACCGUGGUCUUCAGAUUGAUCUUAAA